CAGUACAUUAACCUCAAUUCGGUCGAAGAAUUUCCAUGCUUGUCGUAGUAUAAUAAAUUUUUUGAACAGAAAGCACGAGUGUUAUCAAUUCAAUAUGACAAAACUAUCGAAAAAACGUAAGAGGUCCGAAAAUAGAGAAGUUGAAACUGAGGAAGAGAAACCGCUACCAUCCACAAGAAUUGAUGAACCGGAACCUAAGAAGGCAAAAUGGAUCAACAGACAAAGAGUGUUGGUUCUUGCUACGAGAGGUAUUAAUCACCGGCAUAGGCAUCUCAUGGCAGACUUGAAAACAAUUAUGCCUCAUCAUAAAACAGAAGCCAAAAUGGAAAGACAGAAGACGUUGUCAGUAAUCAACGAAGUAGCUGAAAUGAAAAAUUGUUCUAAGGUUAUGUUAUUUGAAGGAAGGAAAAAACAAGAUUUAUAUAUGUGGCUAUCAAACAUUCCAAAUGGUCCAUCAAUAAAAUUUCUAGUGGAGAACGUACACACUAUGGCAGAAUUAAAGUUCACAGGGAAUUGCUUACGAGGCUCCAGACCUUUAUUGAGCUUUGAUAAACAGUUUACAGAGAGUCCACACUAUAUGUUGAUGAAGGAAUUAUUAACUCAAGUAUUUGGAGUACCCAAUAAACAUCCAAAAAGUCAACCAUUUUUUGAUCAUGUGUAUUCUUUCACAAUAUUAGAUAACACAAUAUGGUUUAGAAAUUUUCAGAUUUUAUCAGAAGAUGGUGCUCUCUCAGAAAUAGGGCCCCGAUUUGUCUUGAACCCUAUCAAGAUAUUUUCUAAUAGUUUUGGAGGAGCCCCUUUGUGGGAAAACAAGGCAUAUAUUUCACCAUCGAAAUAUAGAAAAUCAAUUUUGAUGGCAAAAAAGAAAAAAUAAUAUGUAAUUAACUUAAUUUAAUAUAUAAACUUAUGUACAUUUUGUAUUAUUUGAUAAUAAAACUUUGGAAUCGUU